CGAAGGGCUGCGCAGAGUGAAGGGCUCAGCCUGAGUGUAUGCGGGGAAAAUAGGCUCCCAAGCAAGGGAUCCCAGAAACCUUGCAAAAGGGAGGCCUAGAAUCUUUUGACCUGAAACUCCAGCCUAAACACAACCGGCAUUUUCCAUCCACCAUUCUUCGCAGCCACUUCUGCUAGGCUGCAAAUGCGCAAACACCUCUAGGACCCCGGGUUCCUUUCUUUUUCUUUAUGAAUGAACCGACUCCAGUCUGCGCACGCGCAGCUCCCGGCGCUCCCGCUCCACGUGAGGCCCACCCUUCCCUCCUGCCGGCGGCCCCGCCCUUACCCAUUCUAAUAGACCAAUGGCGAACGGCCCGGGGGGCGGAGCCCUGAGCGGCGCGGCACUGUAGUUCCCCCGGCGCCCGGCUCCCUUGCCUUAGACGUGCUGUGUUGUGAUCACGUGGCCCGCUCCGGGCGCGGCGCUUGUUUUGGUUUCCCUCUAGCUUGCCCCUAGCAGCUUCGCGGUGAGCGACUUUCCUGCACCGGUUGCCGCGCCUCCCUGCACCCUGACCUCUUCUUCUUCGGGUAUCUCAGCCCGCAAUUCUGCAAGCCUCUGGAGCGGGCUCCUGCCAUGCCGCUGGUCCGCUACAGGAAGGUGGUCAUCCUUGGAUACCGCUCUGUAGGGAAGACAUCUUUGGCACAUCAAUUUGUGGAAGGCAAGUUCUUGGAAGGCUACGAUCCUACAGUGGAGAAUACUUACAGCAAGAUAGUGACUCUUGGCAAAGAUGAGUUUCACCUACACCUGGUGGACACAGCAGGGCAGGUACCAGUUGGGGAUGAGUACAGCAUUCUGCCCUAUUCAUUCAUCAUUGGGGUCCAUGGUUAUGUGCUUGUGUAUUCUGUCACCUCUCUGCAUAGCUUCCAAGUCAUUGGGAGUCUGUACCAAAAGUUACAUGAAGGCCACGGGAAAACUCGGCUGCCAGUGGUGCUAGUGGGGAACAAGGCAGAUCUCUCUCCAGACAGAGAGGUACAGGCAAUUGAAGGGAAGAAGCUGGCAGAGUCCUGGGGUGCGACAUUUAUGGAGUCAUCUGCUCGAGACAAUCAGCUGACUCAAGACAUCUUCACCAGAGUCAUCCAGGAGAUCUCGCGUGUGGAGAAUUCCUAUGGGCAAGAGCGUCGCUGCCAUCUCAUGUGAGCCCUGGGGCGUAGGAUAACUGCCUUGUUUCUGCCCCUGGCACUCGCCAGGCUCCAGUGGGGGGCAUGCCCUCAGGACUUCAUGGGUAUGGUUGCCAGCUGUGUUACUGGCCCUCUGGGCACACAGUGUGGUAUCCUCAUGUUUGCACACUUUCCCCAGGCUUCAGUGGCCUGGAUGUCAAUGUUUACAAAGGGGCAAGGAUGUCUCAUGGGCACUGGCCUCUAGCCCUCUGUUUUUGCUAAAUGAGUUCUGUUGGAACCUGUGGGAUUGGGAUAUGAGUCCUGGGCAUUUUUUAUCCAGGGCCCUUCCUCCUGUGUAGGUUUUGGGUGUUGGCUGGGAAAGGGGAGCUGGGGACUCCUGAAGUAGAGCUGGCUUCUGGGGUGACAAUGUAUAUAUGCAAAUAAACUGAGAAAUCUUUU